UUUCAUAUUUCAUCGCGGGUAGCAUCAAAUGAUCUCUCUCCGGUAAAAAUGAAGAAACUUUAAAAUGUAACUUGAAUUUGUGAAUAAGUUCCCAAAAACCGCAUUUCCUGCUGUCCACUCCUGAGACUGACUGUAAAGGAUUUACAUCUUGUUGACAAAUCAAAACUUGAGAGGUUUUAAGCGAGUGGACGCUUUGUCAUCGUUCGAGUCUCGCCGCGAGCCUUAGAGGAAAAAUUAUACAUGGCGUCUGCACCAGCACCAUCGUUUCACUCCACGAAAGAGACAACUAACUACGCCCGGUUAUGCAGGCUUCUAGUGGAUAUCAGUUCACAUGUCCUUAGAGAGACUUUUGAAAAGAAACGUCCACUAGGAAACCUGGACAAGGUUUUGUCAAGCCCUCCAGUUCAUAGAAUGCUACAACAACUUAAGAACAAAAAAGUGUUGAAUCCAUCGCAAUGGGGUAAACUGUAUCCUGCCAUCAAAUCCUCAGUCUCAUCAAGAAACUUCGACAUCACGCUUCUAACGGUUUUGCUGAGAAACAUUUGUGGUCUUGUUCCUCCAACUUCCGGCUGGGAUACACUUCCUCCUGCAGCAGACACAACCCUUGAGGCAGACAUCGCGCGUAUCAAGUGCUACAGAAACACACUUUAUGGUCAUGCCAGCGAGGCUUCAGUGGAUGACCCAACAUUCAAUCAAUACUGGCAGGACAUCCAAGAUGCACUGGUGAGACUGGGAGGAGCACGUUGCCAAAGUGCUAUUGAUGAUCUUAAGAAGGAAUGCAUGGAUCCUGAUUUCGAGGAACACUACAAAGAACUUCUUAAACAGUGAGCGAUGGAUGAAGUUGGCGUCAAGGAAAGACUGGAUGAAAUAGAAGAAAAGCUCGAUAAGCUCGACGACUGUAUACAAUCUGUGGUAAAUCCUGAAAAGAAAACAGGAGUUGAAGCUGUGGCAGCCUACACAAACGCCUUGAAAGCAUCAGUAAAGAGCCAAACUGAGUUUCAAGCUUCAGCCUCUACUGUCAUGUCGAGGGCGAGAACAGAUGACGUUUUUACAAGUCUUCUUAUGCAACACGGAAGAAAGCCAGUUGAAUACCCUGGUUGGAGAAGAAUAGACCAACUUCGCCAGUAUGGUCGAGUGAGUGGAAAGCCUAUUAAAGGCUGUCAAGAAAUGUUUAUAUCCGAAACCGAUAGUAACGAGGAAACGAAUCCCAAAUCUGUUCUUAUCACUGGGAAGGCAGGGAUUGGUAAAACACUUUUUUGCCAAAAAUUGAUUCGAGAUUGGGCCGAAGACAAAUUGUUUCAGUUACGAACGAACCCCAAUUGUCUUGGUAUUAAGUUCGCAUAUUUGCUGACUUUCCGUCAACUGAAUUUACUUGGAGAUGACCAUGUUACUUUGAGGGAAAUUUUGAACCGAUCCUCUGUGCUAGAUGACUGCUCAAAUGUCGAUGACUCUAUAAUUAAAUACAUUCUUCACCAUCCUGAGGAAGUCUUGAUUAUCAUUGAUGGGUAUGACGAGUAUUCUCAAGCGGAUUUCAUCACUAAAGAUUUGGAUGAGCGGUAUCCAAAUAACGCCCAAGAGAAAAUGCCAGUAGCAGCCCUAUGUACCAAGCUAAUCAAAGGGAAAAUACUGAGAGGUUCAGUUGUCGUGAUAACUUCAAGACCCGAUGAGUCCGAUAGGUUGAAAGGAAGAAUUGGCUUCUAUCGAUAUGUAGAAAUUACAGGAUUUUCCAAGAAAGAGGUUAAGGAAUUCAUUGAGAAGUAUUUCAAAGGAGACGAAAUCAUGAAGAACGCUGUAAUGGAUCACAUCGCAAAGAAUGACAAUCUCGUCAGCUUCGCCCACAUUCCAGUUCUCUGUUUUCUGAUGUGCUCCUAUUUUGAGUACAUUUUAAAGGAAUCAAUGGAUACUGAUGCUCUCCCGGUCAACACAAUUGACAUUUAUUUCGAGGUAGUUAACAUGUUUUUAAGAAACCAUGAUAAAAGCACUGCAUCUCCGCCCGAAGGUACUCUGGAAAAACUAUCAGAGUUUGCUGCUCACUUGCUCUGGGAGAAAAAGUUUAACUUCCUAGUCGAGGAUAUGAAAAUGUUCUCCUCAGAAGAAGUGGAAAACUUCAGAGCUAGCGGCGUUCUUCAUAGCAGUCCUCCUUUCAGAAAAUCUUUCUCUGAAACGACAAAAUAUUUUUGUUUCACUCAUAUAACCCUCCAGGAAUACUUAGCAGCUCGUUGGUUUGUGAAGAGAAAAGAGAUCCCUUCCCUCGGAGAAAAUGCGUCAACAAUGGUAUUUCAGUUUAUGUCUGGCAUUUUAUCAAAGCAAAACGACAAAGCCUUGAUGGAAAAACUAAUUGAGAGACUCACUCAUACUUCUUUGGGUGAGCGCACGGCAGCACUAAUAUCAAUGAAGUGUAUCACGGAGUACCAACAUAAAGAAUUUGCACAAAAUAUGAUAAAGAAACGUUACCAUCAAUUUUUUAUCAAUUAUGAAGAGGUUGAAUUUGAAGAUUUGAAUGAUGUUGACUGUAUUGCUGUGUCAUUCCUGUUAGAUGUCGUCAGCGCAUUAAAUGCUGAAGAAACCGCCGGUAGGUACAGUACUCACUUUAAAAAGUCCCGUUUUUCGUUGAUUAAACGGUUGAAUCUCAAUAGGUGUUUUCAGCUCACGAAGACUGGAUUAAGACGAAUCACUACAGCGUUAGAGAGAGAGUUCUGCACCAUUACCGAACUACGCAUGCGCACUUGGCAAUUUGAUGACGAAUCUGCUGAUGUGAUCAGCAAAUUGUUGUCCUUGUCAGUAUUGAACAAAAUGAGUUUUUUUAAUUCUCGGAUCUCCAAUGCCGGUGUUGCUAGUCUAUGUCGAGCAUUACAGACACCAUCAUCUCAAGUAACCGAGUUGGGUCUGAGUGGUUGUCAGAUCACCGAUGCCGGUGUUGUCAGUCUAUGUCACGCAUUACAAUCAGCAUCGUGUAAAGUUACCACUCUGCAUCUGAAGGGAAAUCAGAUCACCGAUGCCGGUGUCGUCAGCUUAUGUCAAGCAUUACAGGUAGCAACGUGCAAAGUCACCGCGUUAGAUCUGAGUGGUAAUCAGAUCAGCGACGAUGGAGUAGCCAGUCUAUGCCAAGCAUUACAGACAGCAACAUCAAGAAUAACCACUCUAUAUCUGGGUUAUAAUGAUGUCACAGACGUUGGGGUCGCCAGUCUAUUUCAGGCAUUGCAAGAAGCUACGUGUGAAGUCUCUGCGCUAGAUCUGAGUGGUAAUCAGAUCACCGACGCCGGUGUUGUCAGUCUAUGCCAAGCAUUACCGGCAGUAACAUGUAAAAUAACCCGUCUAGACCUGACCGCAAAUCAAAUUACCGAUGCCGGCGUUCUCAGACUGUGCCAAGCACUCCAGUCACCAACGUGCAAAGUUACAGAGCUAAAGCUAGUUAUGAAUAGGAUCACCAAAUCCGGGGAGAAGCGUCUCAGAAAUUUGAGGAAACAACGACGGGAUCUUGACCUCGGAUAUUAGUGGAUUACACUGAACACAGACAGUUUUAAAUCCAUCUGAGAAAGUGCGCAAACAGUGCUUUUUCAUAAUUAUGAUAACAAAAUCAGUUUUCUUUUUUAAGAUCAUCGUAAUAAUCUAAGUUUAGUUUUCAGAAAAUCGCGACAUUUAUUAUGACAUAUUCCUCCUACAAAUUUUGUUUCAAGAGCUUUAAGAUAUCAACAGAACCAAGAGCAUCGCACUGCUUGAGGUUAUCAUGGACUUGAUUGCGCGACGGGAAAUUAGGUAUUACUGUACUCUCUGGAAAAGAAGGUAGUUCACCUGGGAUACGUUACCUAAACCUCUUAGCAUUCCGCCUAAAAUCCCCCUUGCAUUUCGCUUAAAAUCCGUCCAGUUUUUAUGGAUAGCUUCUUAAAUGAAUAGUUUUUGAUUUCAACCUUUUGAUUUUCUUUUGAAAUUGUCGUGAAUUUACUCUUGAAAUAUUACGAAAGGUACUCAUUUCUGUAGUUUAUUUUUGCAGCUUUCGCCAGACCAUCUCACCUUUCAUUCGGUUUUUGAGGUUUCCAACUGUAACAAAUUGUGAUAUGAAACUCUGAUGGAGAUGUAAAUUGUUUACGCUAUGAAUCAUUCCUAUUGCUCCAAUCGGCCCACUUGACACUGUUCAGAAAAAUAUAUGUUCAGAUAAAAGAUUCAGCUAAAUUCAAGGUAGUUUAGAACGCUGGUUUGUGGAACAACAGGUGAACUUUGUUUAAAUAACCGGUCCUAUGAGCUAAAUGGAAAACCUGAUACCCUCUCAGAUAUCUUGAGUCCAUAAAUGAAACUUGACAAAGUUUGUUAAGUUUAUCUCAGCGAUAUUAGUUCCAGCCGAGCAGCCGUUAAGUGAGAAUGCGAGUAACACGCGCGCCCAGAGGGCAGAAACAUCUCAUUCGAGUGCCAGCUCGAAAAUUUAGCAUUUAAAUAAUCGCUACCGGUUAUUUAUAGAUGUUUUGUUUCACAGUGCUGGGUCAUUUAGCACAAAUGACAGACUGCGAGAUUAGUGACCAAAUGGUCGGGAUUUCGAAACAGAAAGCCUCUAGAAUAACUCGGGCCUGAAUCAUCUGAUCUGUUCAGUCUGCUCGUGAAUCUUGAUCAUUUCUUUCAUCGUAAUCUCCACUUAAGACUGUCUAUAAGAGAACUAUGUCGUGCACCGGAUCAUGAUUAAAAUUUGGCUGAGACGGCAGAUCAGUGGGCGCUUGCAAAUGAGUAGCGUGGCCGCUAGUUACUGAGGUGAGACUUUCAUUCUUUGAGUAACGGUUUCAUCUCUGAAGACCGAUCGAUUACUUUCAGCACAAACUCUCACUUAUAAUAACGCUUUUCCGCUUUGGUAGACAGCAUCGAGGCUUCGGCGUGAUAUUCAGUUUGUAAAAUAUAUAUAUAUAUAUAAACAAUAACAGUUAUCUAUAUCAAAACUGGAGGCUCAGCGACACAAGGUAAUUGAUACACUGAUAUUCGGACGAUUACAUUUUGUUGAAGUUUUUCCGAAAUUAGUUGCAAUCGAGGACAAUUGUAUGAUUCGUCACUACUUUGAGCUAAAAAUUCUGCACUGUUUCGGCGGUUAGUUCAAUAAAUAAGGUUCUUAUUAUGGAGGGAAUUCCGGUCGAGUCCUUGCAGAAUGGAGGAAAGCGCUGUUUCGAAUUCAAAGUUGGAUGGCGUCUAAAAAUAAUGUAGCCCGGUUGAAGUGUCAUCAGUCAUGGUUUCAAAUUAUGUUUUCGCUCAGAAAUCUCUCCCUUGAGAAUUUAAAACAAAAAACAAAAACAAAAAAAAAAAACACCAUGAAUAAUUAUACUCGGUAUUUACUUUCUACUAAGUGCGAAUAAAAUCAUGAUGUCGACUACGCGGCAGGUGCAAGACGACGGAGAACACGAGAAACAAGCGCGCGAGAGCGACAGACACGUGAAUGGAGAGUUCCCUCCUCC